AUGACUUGGACCAGGGAGUUGGAUGAGGCUGCGAUUCUGGCGACUAGGAAAGGCUACUGGCAUAUAAUUCUUUUCUAUCUUCUAUGUGGUCUGGCAGCGAUACCUACCUCGUUUCUAGUUUUCUCCCAGGUGUUCACGAAUGCUACACCAGUUCAUUGGUGUGCUCCGAUAAAAGAGAUUGAUGAAUUGAAUCUUCCAGAAGAUGUUGUAUUGAACCUGACAGUACCAGGGGAACAUGGAGUUUACGAAUCUUGUCUCAUAUACGAUAUAGAUGUAAACGCAUUAAAUAUAACUCUUGGACAAAUUACUGAGAGAUCAAAUCACGUACAAGGAUCAGUACGGAAUGCACUUGAAGAUAACCAGAUAGAGUCUAUACGAGAUAGUAUAUUGAAGUUAAGAAAGGGACCCGUAUCAUGUAAAAAUGGUUGGAAAUUUCAAAAAGAUCUGUACACUAGGACUUUGGUCUCGGAGUUUUCGCUAGUCUGUGAUAGAGAGUGGUUACCACGAACAAGCAACACAUUAUUCUGGGUGGGAUCAAUAUUCGGAAACGUUUUCUUUGGCUUAAUAUCCGAUAGAUAUGGCCGAAGACCCGCAAUUCUUCUCAUGAUAACCUUGGAGGUACCGCUUGCUAUAGCCGCUUCAUUCCCAGGGAAUUACUGGAUCUUCAUAGUGUUGAGGGUGGCUGGGGGACUGUUCUUCCCGGCUCUUUACCAGCUACCCUUCAUAUUGGCUUUGGAGCUGAUGCCGCCAAAGUGGAGAACUUAUGCUGGUAUCGUAGUUGGGAUGUUGUUUGGAAGCGGUAUGUGUCUGCUAGCUAUUCUGGCGUGGCUGUUGAGAGACUGGUUCUACUUAUCACUAGCCUCCAGUGUUCCCUUCGUCCUUUUAUUUGGAUAUUACUGGCUUAUUCCUGAAUCACCACGCUGGUUAGUUGGUAGAGGACGUAUUGCUGAUGCGGAAAAGGUUCUCAGAGAACUAGCUAGAAGAAAUGGUAUACAUUUAGAAAGUGGAUUUCUGAUAAAAUUACAUAAAAAGUUGAAAAAUGAUGACGAUGAAGCAGAAAUUACAAUCUUACGUAACGGUCAGGUUUUAUCACAAACAAAUGAUUUGAAGCAAAGAAGGAAUGAAAUGAUUUCAUACAAACCGACCAUUAUAAUAAGCGAAGUACACGAGGAAGAUGAUAGAAGAGACCACGUUGUUGAAGAAGAAAUGCCAAAUAUUAAUGUUGUAAAACUUACAGGCACUAAAAGUAAUAGAGAUGAGGAAUUGAGUCUCAAUGACAAAAAUGAAAUACUACAACACAUUGACAAAUCAAAAAUACAUACAUUGAGACGAAAAUCGAUGCAAUUGGUGAACAAGAUCUUACUGAAAGAAGAAGAAGAGGAUGUUUUAGAACGAAAGCGAUUAGAUGAUCAAAACUCCGAAGGAGAUUGCAAGGCCUCUCCUCUAGAUAUAUUCAGAUAUCCUAAUUUAAGAAAGAAGUUCUUUUUGCUAACUGUUAAUUGGAUAGCAAUAGGCGUUGUGUACAACGGUUUGAGUUAUAACACACCAAACUUGGGUGUGGAUGAUUAUCUGGCGUUCUUUAUAGGAGGUUUAGUGGAACUGCCAUCAUACUUUAUUGCGUGGAAGUCCAUGGAUCGGUUCGGACGGCGUUGGGUGUUGUUCUGCUUUGUCAAUGUGGGAGGAGUUGCUUGUUUAUGUUGUGCUCUAGUACCAGAAGCUUGGCCGUGGGUGACAGUAUUUCUGGCGAUGCUAGGUCGUCUCUGUGCAGCAGCCUCCUUCUCUGUGUUCUAUGUGCACAUAGGAGAACUUCUGCCCACUGUAUUAAGAGCACAGGCCAUGGCGUGCGCGUCUUUCAUAGCUGGUAUAGGAUUGCUGGCAUGCCCAUAUAUUGUGUCUUUGGCUUCCUUGUCCAAGGUUCUACCCUUAGUCAUCAUGGGCGUGUUAAGUUUAAUUUCGGGAGUCAUCACAUUAUUCCUCCCGGAGACUCUCAACCAACCGCUGCCUCAGACCCUCGGGGAUGGAGAGUUGUUCGGUCGAGAUUUUAAAGUACUGAGCUGUGUUGAAAACCAGCACAGGCCCGGGCCUCAUUCAGGCUCAGGCCCGGGCCCGGAGACUUUUACUCGCGAAGUUCCACAGCAGCUUCCUUCCGGGCAGGCUUGCGCGCGCGCCACGCCAGUCAGCUGCCGGCCGCCGGAGCGAACGCACGUGCCGCGGAGUGCUUGUGCUGUGACAGAGGACUGUGAAGUGGAGAACCGUACAGGUACCGCUGGGCCCCACGGCCCCGGCGGGAUGGAGUCCCCGCAGAUGUACGACCAGGCAGCGGCGCCUCAACCGCCACCGCAGCCCGACCUCAAGAAGAAUAAUGAAGACAAACGGAAUGCCUUCCCGCCUCCUGACUUGGACGAGCUCAACGGCCAGGAGAUCAGCCUGGAUUUACAGCAUCUCAUUGAAGAUCAGUUCCGUGGGGAGGAGACCAUGGCGUUGUUCCAGGAGAUCUUACCCGGGGCUAGAUCGCCUCAACAAAGGUCCUUCCCGCGCACCCUGGCGUAUAUGCCACAGCCUGUGCACUCGGGAGCUUCAUACGUGGCGCCCGUCCCUAACAACAACCACGAACAGGCGCCACCAAUUAAGGAAGAGCCCCCUGAGCCUCACGACUUCAGAAGAUCUGUGUCGUGUGCUCAAUAUACCGGUCAAUAUAACCCUCAACCUCCAGUCGGUGUGAGCGGUCCCUACGGCGGAGGGUUCACGCCGCUACCACCUUUAGGAGCUCCUCUCCUGCCGCCUAUGUUGAAACACAAGCCAGCGCCCGCCAGGAGGUCGUCAGGCAAAGUUCUUGACAAAGGAACAGACGAGUACAGGAGACGAAGGGAACGCAAUAACAUCGCGGUACGAAAAUCACGAGAAAAAGCCAAGGUCAGGUCUAGGGAGGUGGAAGAAAAGGUGAAAACUCUACUGAGAGAAAAGGAGGCUUUGUUAAAGAGGCUUGAAGCUGUGACGGGUGAAUUGAGCCUUCACAAGCAGAUGUACGCGCGCCCCACGGAAACGACCAUACGCUCUGACCGUAGGUGA